AUGACGUUAAGUGGCGCUGCCCAUGAUGAAGUUGAUGCUUAUGCUACGACAGCUGCUGCUACUGCUACUGUUGCUGCCUAUCGUUUGCAAGUGUAUCGGGCAUUGACACGUUCAUCAUUUCAUCACCUUGCGUUUGAAUAUGAGUCGGUUAUCGACUAUUCGUCACAUUCACGAAUUGUAAUCGGUGCUAUGAACAAACAGUGCCAACACUGUCAUACACUCAAAUACAAAGGUGAAUCGGCCGGUUUCUGCUGCACAUCUGGAAAAGUUGUAUUGCCACCAUUGAAUUUGUCGCCAAAACUAUUGAAAGCACUAUUGGCUGGAGCUACAUCUCAAUCUAAAUUGUUUUUUCUGUGGGAUGGUAUUAUUGGCGUUGUAGAUUUUACAAAUUACUUAAUUCUUGGCAUUACUGUGGCUUUGGCUUGGGAAUUACCAAGUAAACCACCCAGCGAAGUAUUAUCGGAUAUAGAACAGCGGCUUGCAGAUGGUACACUAGGCAUAAGCCGAAAUGAUACCAUAACAAAUAUUACAUACGUGGAUACAAUAUCUACAAAACAAGGAACGCAGUAUAUAAACAUAGGACAAAAUAAUAAUAUUAAAAAUGGAAAAGAUUCAAGUAUAUAUUAUACAAAUUAUAGAGCACCAUCAGUUUUUCGAACACCAAUGCACCAGAAAUAUUACUUUUACCGACCCAAGGAUAGUUACUACAGCAAUAAACCAUACUAUAGACCACUUACAAAAACAAAUGCUUAUACAAAUAACCAACAAAAGUAUGGCUGGCGACGAAAGGAUAGCUACUAUUACACACCAAAACCAAAUCCUUUUACAAAAUGGACUAAAACAUAUCAAAAUCAAGGUAGUACCGCGCAAAGUAGUGCUGUGAAAUAUCCUUGGUGGUAUUUACCUACUAGAUUGUCAAAUUCAAGACGUAAAAAUUCGUAUACAAACUCAAUACCUGCCACUUCAGCAACAUCCAAGAGCUAUUAUAAAACUAAAAAUGCUAAGAUACAAGCAAGAAAUCAAAAGCAAAAUUUUUUGCAAUUCGAUUCCAAAGCUCGUAGUCAGCAAAGGUAUUCGCAUAGACAAGCCAGAAAACAUCGCAUUUUUCCGAUUUUCGGAAAGCGUAGCGUAUCUGAUGACAGCAAUUCAUAUGCUGCCAGUGACAGCAGUACAUCCUCUGCCACUCACAACACUAAGCACAACACACGUCAGCAUAAUCGCAAGCGACGUCGCAGCGGUAUUGCAGGAUCUGAACUAAGCAAAUUGGAUCAAAUACACAUCCGACAUCAUCGAACUACAAGACACACACUUUACGAGAAAAUAGAAAAAUAUCUGGAUAAGUGA